AUCUGCUUGCGCGCGCGCAUGCUGUGACGCACAUCGAGCAGGGACAAUUCACGCCUGGAGCACAUUAUAUUCGUUGGUCUCACAGCCACCCGCGCCUUUGUAACCUGUCUCUUCUCGCAACUCCCAGACCACUCUCAACACGGCAUUUCAGACCCCGAUUCGCAAUGCCGACUCCAUCCACCAACAGCCCGCCUGAGUUGCCACCCCGAAACCACAUCUCGACCUGUCCUGACGAAAGCUGGGGUCCUGGGACGAGCAAUUGGGACGGCGAGUACACAUCGCAGGUCCAGUCCUCAACAGCCAAUGUUGUCGCGCCCACAUCGAGAGUCUCUGCCAACACCGCCAUCGGCGAGUUGUCUGACGACAUGCGGUCUGCGACCAAUUCCCCCCGGCCAGAAUCAAUAGUGCCGCCCUCGUCGAUGGACCACGACAUGGUUCAAACCCACCCGGCCGACAGUGCGCCUUCAAUGGACACAUCACAGCACUACAAACCGAGCGACGAAGACACAGAACAGGCCUCUAGCAGAAGUAACGACAGGGGAUCCCCAAGUUCGCAAGCGACGCUGACGUCACGAUUGCGCGGUGAUACGGAUGAGGAUGGCCACGAAACCAUCGAUAAAAAGGACAAGAUGAUGUCUAGCAUGUCAGAUGAGGAAGGCAGCCUUGAUUCCCCAAUGGGAUAUGAAUUUUCCAACAGAAGGAUAGCCCCAACUUCGCCCUCCACCUUCCUCCGGCCGGGCGCCAGAUUUCACGGCACGCAGCAGUCCGAGCGGCAGGUCUAUGACGUGCAGGUUGAGCUCAAAUAUGUCGACCUUCGAGAGUCAUACCUCUGUGGUUAUCUCAAAAUUCAAGGCCUGACUGAAGACAACCCGACCCUUACCACGUUCUUUGAAGGCGAGAUUGUCGGCAGCAAAUAUGGAUUUAUAACAAAACACGAAGGAUGGGGUGCCACGGAGAAAGUCGACAUCAACCACUGGAGCAAGUUCUCGGCAUUCCGACCAUACAAGUCUCAAGUGCGCAAGGGCGCCAGCGUGUCUAUGGGUAACCUGGCGCAUCGCGAGAACAUAUUUAUGCGUUGGAAGGAGCACUUCCUGGUGCCGGAUCACCGCGUGCGAACCAUCAGUGGAGCCAGCUUCGAGGGCUUCUACUACAUUUGUUUCAAUAUGCGGGAAGGGUCCGUCAGCGGGAUCUACUUCCACUCGAGGAGUGAAAAGUUUCAACAGCUCGAGCUUAAAUACCAGGAAGAUCGCGGGAGCUUCGGCUCCGUGGAGUUCCGGUAGCCUCUACGCGCUUUCCGGCCUGCCUGACACUUCCCUCUCAGGGUUGUCGGGUCAUGCCUUGCGUGUGCUGUACACAUUUUUGCAGGGUUCUGCGUGACAUUUAUCGCAUCUUCAUCGUUGUUACUUGCAGACAUAUGAUAUCAAUACAAGCGGUGUUUCUUUCCUGUUCCACAGCC